GGGCGGCGGCGGCGGCGGCGGCGGCGGCUUCCAGCGACUUCGGCGGGCGGUGUUUGAGGAGCUGCGAUGCCCAGCGGAGACACGUUCCCACGAGGGCAGUGACACCUGACCCGGCCCUAGGGAGAGCAGCCCAUCGUCCCCAGACAUGCCCGGGCAGCCCCAAACCCCCUCGGACCCUCCCUGUGCUGCUGCUGGCUCGGGCUCCCCACUGGGACGAGUCCUCAAGGGUCACUUUGCCCCCCUCUGAGCAGCCCCUGAUGCUGCAGCCCCUCCUGGAGGCAGCCCAGAGGUGACACAGGACCCCGGCAGUGACGAGCGGGGGGAUCUGAGACCACCAGGACCCGGUUGGUGCCGAGGCCACCCCUCCAUCCCGGCCGGGGCGAUGCCAACAUCCCCUUAGCGCCCCGGGGAUGGGGGAUCCCCCCACCUCCAGCACCCCGCUGCCCCCUCCUGCCCCAGCUCCCCCGGCCCGUGGGAGCCCGUGGUGAUGUGAGCAGGGCCCCGAACCCCCCGGCCCCCAGCGCCCACCCCUCAGGCACCACCAGCCCCCCCCGCCAUGAUGUGCGAGGUGAUGCCCACCAUCAGCGAGGGGGACCCCCUGGGGCCCCCCCAGGGCUCGGAGGCCGACGCCGACUUCGAGCAGCUGAUGGUGAACAUGCUGGACGAGAGGGACAAGCUGCUGGACACGCUACGGGAGACGCGAGAGACGCUGUCGGUGACCCAGAGCCGCCUGCAGGAGACGCUCCGGGAGCGGGACCAGCUCCAGAGGCAGCUCAACUCCGCCCUCCCGCAGGAGUUCGCGACGCUGACGCGGGAGCUCAGCGCCUGCCGGGAGCAGCUCCUGGAGCGCGAGGAGGAGAUCUCGGAGCUGAAGGCCGAGCGCAACAACACCCGGCUCCUGCUGGAGCACCUGGAGUGCCUGGUGUCCCGGCACGAGCGCUCCCUCCGCAUGACCGUGGUCAAGCGCCAGGCACAGUCCCCGUCCGGCGUCUCCAGCGAGGUCGAGGUGCUCAAGGCUCUCAAGUCGCUCUUCGAGCAUCACAAGGCGCUGGAUGAGAAGGUCCGGGAACGCCUGAGAGCAGCCCUGGAGCGAGUGGCCACCUUGGAGGAGCAGCUCGUGGACGCCCAUCGGCAGGUGGCAGCUCUCCAGCAAGGAGCCGUGCGGGAGGCUCCGGCGGGAGAGCGGGAUGAGCCCAAGGAACCAGCCCCGAAGCUUCCCUGGAAGCGACUCUCCAACGGCUCCGUGCACCCCGAGGACGAGGCCGGGCGGGUGGUGGAGCUGCAGGAGCUCCUGGAGAAGCAGAACUUCGAGGUGGUGCAGGCCAAGGAGCGCAUCUCUGCUCUGGCUGCCAGCGUGGCCGAGCUGGAGGAGGACCUGGGCACUGCCAGGAAGGACCUCAUCAAAUCUGAGGAGAUGAGCAGCAAGUACCAGAGGGACCUGCGAGAGGCCCUGGCACAGAAAGAGGACAUGGAAGAGAGGAUCACCACGCUGGAGAAGCGCUACCUGGCAGCCCAGAGAGAGGCCACCUCCAUCCACGACCUCAACGACAAGCUGGAGAACGAGCUGGCCAACAAGGAGUCCCUGCACCGCCAGUGCGAGGAGAAGGCCCGGCACCUGCAGGAGCUGCUGGAGCUGGCGGAGCAGAAGCUGCAGCAGACGAUGCGCAAGGCGGAGACGCUGCCCGAGGUGGAGGCGGAGCUGGCCCAGCGCAUCGCCGCCCUCACCAAGGCAGAAGAGAGGCACGGGAGCAUCGAGGAGCAUCUCCGGCAGCUGGAGACCCAGCUGGAGGAGAAGAACCAGGAGCUGGCCAGGGCCCGGCAGAGGGAGAAGAUGAACGAGGAGCACAACAAGCGGCUGUCGGACACCGUGGACCGGCUGCUGAGCGAGUCCAACGAGCGGCUGCAGCUGCACCUCAAGGAGAGGAUGGCGGCCCUGGAGGAGAAGAACACAUUGUUACAAGAGCUGGAAAACACCCAAAAGCAGAUAGAGGAACACCAGCACGACAAGCGGCGACUGUCUGACGAGAUCGACAAGCUGAGGCUGGAGGUGGAUCAGCUCAAGACCAGGAGUGGGACCUUCGUGGAGAGUGUUCACUCCAGGUCCCACAUGGGCAGUGCCACAGACCUGCGCUUCCCGCUGGUCCACGCGCCCGCCGAGCCCUUCGGAGCGGCCCCGGGGCUGCCCCGGGCACAGAAGGGUCGGUUCGCUGCCAGGAGGGAGGAGUCAGCCAAGGACUGGGAGCAGGCCCAGGCAGGUGCUGUCCUGGCCACGGGGCCCCACAGCUUCGACAGCGACCCCGACAUCUCGGACGUGGACGAGGACGACCGUGAGACGCUCUUCAGCUCCAUGGACGUGCUCUCCCCUGGGGGGCACUCGGAUGCCCAGACGUUGGCCAUGAUGCUCCAGGAGCAGCUGGAUGCCAUCAAUGAGGAGAUCAGGAUGAUCCAGGAGGAGAAGGAAUCCACCGAGCUGCGCGCGGAGGAGCUGGAAACGCGCGUCACGAGCGGCAGCAUGGAGGGCCUCAACCUCACCCAGCUCUGCAAGAGGGCCUCCAUCCCCACCUCCCUGACCGCCCUGUCCCUGGCCAGCUCGUCCCCCCCCCUGAGCGGCCGCUCCACGCCCAAGCUGAGCUCGCGCAGCGCGGCGCAGGACCUGGACCGCAUGGGCAUCAUGACGCUGCCCAGCGACUUGAGGAAGCACCGGAGGAAACUGCUAUCGCCCGCAGCUCGGGACGAGAGCCGGGAGGACAAAACCACCAUCAAGUGCGAGACGUCCCCGCCUUCCUCUCCCAGGGCGUUGAGGCUGGAGAAGCUGGGCCACCCUGCUCUGAGCCAGGAGGACGGGAAGGGCUCGCUGGAGGAUCAGGCCAGCAACCCCAGCAGCAGCCAGGACUCCCUGCACAAGGGCUCCAAGAGGAAGGGGAUCAAAUCCUCCAUCGGGCGCUUGUUUGGGAAAAAGGAGAAGGGUCGCUUGAUCCAGCUGAGCAGAGAAGGGGCCACAGGGCAGGUGGUGCUGACUGACCCAGAGGGGAGCAUCCAGGACCCCCUGGGCCUGGGCAAGCUGGGUGCUCAGGCUGAGAAGGAUCGGCGCCUGAGGAAGAAGCACGAGCUCCUGGAAGAGGCUCGGAGGAAAGGGUUGCCCUUUGCUCACUGGGAUGGCCCCACGGUCGUGUCCUGGCUGGAGCUCUGGGUGGGGAUGCCAGCCUGGUACGUGGCCGCGUGUCGUGCCAAUGUGAAGAGCGGGGCGAUCAUGUCGGCGCUGUCGGACACCGAGAUCCAGCGGGAGAUCGGCAUCAGCAACGCCCUGCACCGCCUCAAGCUCCGCCUCGCCAUCCAGGAGAUGGUGUCCCUGACCAGCCCCUCGGCACCGCCCACCUCCCGCACGUCCUCUGGAAACGUCUGGGUCACCCACGAGGAGAUGGAGAACAUGGCAACCUCCACCAAGACGGACACAGAGGAGGGCAGCUGGGCACAGACCCUGGCCUACGGGGACAUGAACCACGAGUGGAUUGGGAAUGAGUGGCUGCCCAGCCUGGGGCUCCCCCAGUACCGCAGCUACUUCAUGGAGUGUCUGGUGGACGCCCGGAUGCUCGACCACCUCACCAAGAAGGACCUCAGGGUGCACCUGAAGAUGGUGGACAGCUUCCACCGCACCAGCCUCCAGUACGGCAUCAUGUGCCUCAAGAGGCUCAACUACGACCGCAAGGAGCUCGAGAGGAGGCGAGAGGAGACCCAGCACGAAAUCAAAGACGUGCUGGUGUGGACCAACGACCAGGUGAUCCACUGGAUCCAGUCCAUCGGGCUGCGCGAGUACGCCAACAACUUGGUGGAGAGCGGGGUGCACGGGGCCCUGCUGGCCCUGGACGAGAACUUUGACCACAACAGCCUGGGCCUGGUGUUGCAAAUCCCCACCCAGAACACACAGGCUCGGCAGGUGCUGGAGAGGGAGUUCAACAACCUGCUGGCCCUGGGCACAGACCGGAGGCUGGAUGAUGGCGAUGACAAGACGUUCCGCCGGACGCCGUCGUGGCGGAAGCGCUUCCGCCCGCGGGACGUGCACAGCAUCAACCUGCUGAGCGGCUCCGCUGAGACCCUCCCCGCCGGCUUCCGCGUCACCAGCCUCGUGCCACUGCCACCCCCCGCCGCCCCCACCAAGAAAAUGCCCCCGGAAGUUGGUGCCUCGGGGUCGCCGAGGCUGGAGAGCUCCACAGUGCGGACGUACUCGUGCUGAGGGUCAGCGAGACGGGACCCCCGGCCCGGCACAUCCCCGCUCUCGAGUGGCCCCGUGCUGGCUGCCUUUCAGGACAAGAGCCCAGCCCGUGCCUGUCCCUCGGCCCGACCCUCCGGAUGCCGCAGCCUCGCUGCUCUGGACCGACCAGGACCUGUCCCUCCUGCUUGUGAACCCACCACUCCCCCCGUGGCUCCCACCCCCGCCCUGCCCACCCGCCCCUGCCCUCGCUGCCCGGGCUGGGGAUGUGCUCCAGGGGCCAUCCCAGUGCGGGGCCACCCCGUGGGGCCACAGAGACACCCCAAAGAGCGGGCUGGGACGUUUGGAACCCUUUCUCCCGCCUGGGUCACGGUGCCAAUCCUCCGUGGGCCGACCUGCCCAAGCCCCGGGCGUGGGGAUGCUGCUGCCCACAGGACUCGGAGCCAAGGCAGACUCAGGCUCGUGCCGGGCAGGGGCUGCCCCGGGGGCGGUGCCAGGGUCGGUGCUGUGUGUGGGGUGGGGCCGUGGGGGGGUGAGGAGGGCGGUGACUGCCCAGGUGCUCAUUUUGGUGCUGUCGGGUGCCCCCGGAGCGGGGGGGGGCCGUGCCUGCCCGGCAGGGCUGCGUGGGAAGGGCCGGCACUGCCCGCUCUGGCUCCGUGCCAGGACGGUGCCGGCACCCACGGGAGAGGGGGACCCUCCUUGGGGGCCCGGGGGGACGCACGGGAGCACCCAGAGCCCCCCCGGGACGUGCCCACCCCUUCCCCUCCGGGUGCAGAGGAGAUGCUCUCCCCUCCUGCCUCCAGGCUACGGGUGGGGAUCAAUCCAGGAGACUCUUAACUCUUCCCAUUUCUCCCCCUGUAGGGUAGGAUCUCUUCGUCUCCUCAUGCCACGUUUGCCUUGUGUGGCCCCUAUUUCUGAUGUGAUAUUUAUUGAUGGCUGGAAUGACCUUAUACUUAUCAUGUGCUGUCUGGAAGUGCAAUAUCUGAGAGGCUCUACAGUCACGGCGUCUUUUCGGUGUAUUAUUUGCCUAAUACAGUAUUAAAUAUUUUUUUAAUUUGAAGAGUCAGUGAGCCCUUUAUAUCGAUGCCCUAUUUCUUUCGUCAUAUUAUUGGUACUGCAUGGACUCCAAACCCUGGAUCGGGUCAGGAAAGGAUGUAUGUGUGUUCCAAUAAACAGGAUUUUAAAACA